AUUAUAUUAUCUCAACUGAAUAUAUCACGUCGCUCGUGUAUGAGUUUAUUUGACAAAUAUUCACCGCGGUUUAUCAAAUACGUGUAGAGUAUACCGGCUUUAUAACUCAAUAUCUACUGUGGUAUAUCGAAGCACGUGUACUUUGAAAAAUGGCAAGGAAUUUAGCAUCGAGGACAACGAAUAUUUUAAGAUCUAUUGCAGACAACAGUAACUGGAAGAAACAAUGUCGAUUUUAUAUAGCCCAUGGUGCCAAGAAGUCUGCAGAAUUAAAGAGCAUGCUAAAGUCAAAAGAUCUAGAAUAUAUUAUGGAAGCACACAAUGGUCUUAGUGCUAAAAUAGUAGAAGAAGCAGGUUUUAAGGGAAUAUGGGCUAGUGGACUAGCUAUGUCUGCUCAGUUAGGUGUACGAGAUAGUAAUGAAGCAUCAUGGACACAAGUUGUUGAUAUAUUGGAGUUUAUGAGUGAAGAUACUGAAAUCCCUAUAUUAGUUGAUGCUGAUACUGGUUUUGGUAAUUUUAACAAUGCUAGAAGAUUGGUCAGAAAAUUGGAAGAAAGAGGAGUAGCAGGUGCAUGUUUUGAGGACAAAUUAUUUCCUAAAACAAAUAGUCUUCAUGAUGACAGACAUCAACCAUUAGCAGAUAUGGAGGAGUUUGCUUUAAAGAUUAAAGCUAGUAAAGAUUAUUUACGAGAUCCCAAUUUCUGUAUAGUAGCUAGAGUUGAAGCUUUCAUAGCUGGUUGGGAAUUAGAAGAGGCAUUGAAAAGGGCUGAGGCAUAUGCAAAUGCAGGUGCUGAUGCUAUAUUGAUGCAUAGUAGAAAAAGUGAUCCAUCAGAAAUAGAAUCCUUUAUGAAAGCCUGGAAAAAUCCUACACCAGUAGUCAUAGUGCCCACCAAAUAUUAUAAAACACCUACACAAAGUUUUAAAGAUUGGGGUGUUUCCAUGGUGAUAUGGGCUAACCAUAAUAUAAGAAGCUCAGUGAAGGCUAUGCAAGAUGUUAGUGCUCAGAUUUAUAAAGAACAGAGUCUGUUAGGUAUAGAAAAUGAAAAGAAGGUUGUUCCAGUUAAAGAGAUAUUUAGGUUACAGAAUGAUGAUGAAUUAGUUCAAGCAGAGGGAAAAUAUCUACCUGAAAGAUAA